AUGUUGUUUCUCAAGGCCGUUAUCGCCAUCCUUUCGGUUCUCCCUGCAGCUGAUGCAGCUGCCAUCCUCAACUUUGAAAACAAGCAGGGUAUCAUUCCUGAUUCCUACAUUGUGGUCUUGAAAAAUGAUAUCUCUAGUGAUGAUUUCAAGUCUCAUGUAGCCUGGGCAACUGGUGUCCAUAAUGCGAAUGUUGCUAAACGGGAUGUUCCCCUGGCUGGUAUGCAGCGUACCUUUGAGAUGGACAUCUUCAAGGGAUACAGCGGAGCCUUUGACCGGGCAACCUUGGAUGACCUACUUAAGAACGAACAAGUAGACUAUAUUGAGCCCGAUCGUAUGGCUAGCGCUCAAGGUUGGACGACUCAGGGAAACGCUCCAUCCUGGGGACUGGGGCGUAUUUCCCACCAGCAGCGAGGAAAUACUGACUACGUCUUUGACUCUACGGCCGGCAGAGGGAUAACCAUCUACGGGGUCGAUUCUGGUAUUGAUAUCCUGCACGCGGAGUUUGGUGGCCGUGCUACUUGGGGUGCCAACUUCUUUAACAAUAUUAAUACCGAUGAAUUUGGCCAUGGAACACAUACCGCUGCGACCUUUGGCGGUACUAAUUAUGGAGUUGCGAAGAAUGUAAAUAUUGUCGCAGUGAAGGUUCUGGGUGACCAGGGCCAGGGACCAUGGAGUAGCAUCAUUGACGGACUCCAGUGGGCUGUCAACGAUGCUCGGGAGAAAGGUAUCCUUGGUAAAGCAAUUAUCAACUUCAGUGUCGGCGGCCCGUCAUCUAGGGCAGCAGAUAAUGCUUUGACUGCAGCGCAUAAUGCUGGCGUCUUUGUUUCAGCUGCUGCUGGAAACGAUGGUGCGGACGCUUUGAACUAUACCCCAGGCACUGCUCGAUCCAUUUGUGUGAUUGGAAACAUAAAUGAAAACGACUACAGAUUCACUGGUAAUGGAGCGUCCAACUGGGGAACCAGAAUCGAUCUUUGGGCUCCGGGUACCGACAUCCUAUCUGCCUUACCCCAGGGCAGAUACGGACCGAUGACCGGAACCUCUAUGGCCGCUCCCCACGUCGCUGGUUCGGUCGCUAUUCUCAUGGCUUCCGGAGGGGUCAGCACGGCUGAAGCCUGCGGCGUUCUCAAGGAUAUGUCAACUCCCUCUGUCAUUGAACCUGGUCAGGGCUCGACAAACAGGCUUCUUUACAAUGGUUCCGGCCAGUAG